CAGCCUUGUAUAUUUCUCAUCUUGAUUGACAUUUCAAGAAUAUUAUUUAUUCGCGUUAUCCAAUUAAAAUGAUUAUCAAGUAUUUAGGUUCUAUUUUGUCAGCUAGUGACUCUGAAAAUCGUGUCGUUGGAAUCGCGUGGUCGCCGAAUAAUUUGAAACUUGCGGUCGCACUGACCGACAGAUCGAUUUAUCUUUUUGACGAAACGGGUACGAAAAAAGACAGGUUUCAAACGAAACCAGUCGACGCUAAGUACGGGAAAAAAAGUUACGUCAUAAAAGCCAUUGCAUUUUCGCCGGAUUCGACGAAAAUAGCAGUUGGACAGACCGACAACAUAGUUUACGUUUACAAAAUCGGCGAGGACUGGGGCGAGAAAAAAGUAAUAUGCAACAAAUUCGGGCAGAGCUCAGCGGUAACGUGUAUGGUUUGGCCCAUCGACGGCCCCAUCGUGAUCGGGCUAGCAGACGGAAAAGUUCGAGUGGCCAUGAUGAAAUCUCACAAAGCUCAGACGCUCUAUGCCGCCGAUGCCAUGACAAUUGCUUUGGCUAUGAAUAUUCGUGGAACGGGUUUUUUGUCGAGUCACGCGGACGGGAGCAUAAUACGCUACUACAUAAAAGAAGACGGUAGCAGCGAAGCAUCCGGACGAUUUUUAACGCACGGGGUAGCCGCUUACGCUUUAGCAUGGACCCAAAACCACAUAGUGGCGGGUGGGUGCGACAAGAAACUGACGUUUUACGAGAACAAUGCACGAGUUUCGAAAAUUUUCGACUACAGCAGAGACGCGAAAGAGAAAGAGUUCUCGGUGGCAUGCUGCAGUCCCAGCGGUCAGAGCGUCGCGGUCGGUUCGUGGAGCAGACUGAGAGUAUUCGACUGGACUCCGAGGCGUUCGCUCUGGGAGGAAUCAAACAACCGCGAUUUGCCGAAUGUUUAUACGCUGACAUCAAUGUGUUGGCGAAGGGAUGGUUCGAGAUUGGUGAUCGGCGGUUUGUGCGGGGCCGUUGAACAGUUCGAGACGAUAUUGCGACGUGCGAUGGUCCGUGGGAGUCACGAAAUAGUGUACGUCGGUCCGAGCCAAGUUGUAAUUCGUUCUCUGCAAACAAAAACACGUCCGGUGAUUAUAAAAUCGCAGACAGGAAGCGAAAUCGAAGACGUGAGAGUUUUGGGUCGCAGUGACAAUCACAUCGUAGCACGGACGAGCAAAACGCUGCUGAUAUGCGACAUAGAGCUGAAUUUAAUGAGCGAAAUAAUAUGGGAAAACAGGGCUGGUAACGAGAAGUUCUUCUUUGAAUAUCCGGGGGUGUGCUUGAUAUUUAAUUCCGGGGAAUUGAGCAUCGUCGAGUAUGGGAAAAACGAAAUCCUUGGAUCGGUCAGGACCGAAGCCGUCAACCCUCACGUUGUCAGCGUCAGAAUCAACGAACGUCACGUGCCUGGGAUGCCGGACAAUAAGCGACUCGCUUACUUGCUCGAUCCGCGAACCGUCAGGGUGGUCGAUUUACUCGGUGGCUCGACGAUCAGCAUGAUCAGCCACGAUUCCAGGGUCGAUUGGCUGGAGCUCAGCGAAACCGGGCACAGACUCUUGUCCAGGGAUAAACGAGGCAGACUCUGGUUGAGCGACGACCGAGGGGAGAGAACUUUGCUCCUCGUUGGCACGAGCUUCGCCUCGUGGGUUCCCGGCAGCGAUGUUGCCGUCGCUCAGUCCAAUCAGUCUCUCGCUGUUUGGUACAACGUCGACGCCCCCGAAGCUGCCACGGUCGUUCCCAUCCGCGGUGAUGCUGUUGACAUUGUUCGAGAAAAUGGUCAAACCACGGUCAUCGUCGAGGAACAACCUGCUGGACGCGUCUCUUACCUCCUGGACGAAGGCCUCAUCGAGUUUGGCACUGCUCUCCACGACAACGAUUUCGGUCGCGUCGUUCUUUUCCUCGAGGAGCUCGGAGACCGUCCUCAAACCGAAGCGAUGUGGGAAAACGUUGCUGGCAACGCGAUGUCGACUCGGCGGUUGCUCAUCGCUGCGAGAUGCUACGCAGCGCUCGGCGACGUUGCUUGCUCCACUUUUCUCAAGUCGAUUUCCAAAGAAUCGGAUUCCUACGCGAGGGAAACCGGCAACGAUCCUCUCAACGAUCCCGACAGCUGGGCCAAACUCGCGAUCCUCAAUGGCGAACUGAAAACAGCAGAAGCUAUUUACCUCGAACAGAAUGAGCUGGAAAAAGCUCUGGAAAUGUACCAGAAAUACUGGCACUGGGAAGAGGCUUUGAACCUUGCGGAAUCGCGGAAUUGGUCCGGGACCAACGUCCUCAGGGACAAACAUCUGGCUUGGCUACUCGAAAGUGGACAGGCUUCGAGAGCUGCCGCUAUUAUUGAGAAAGACAACCCGCGGAGAGCCAUCAAACUUUUCCUGGAAGCUCGACGCGCUGGCAGAGCAGCCAGACUCCUUUUAGCCAACGAAGUACUCCUGGAAGAUGCUUCGAUCGUUGCCGAGGUCGUGAAGAUUCUCAGAGCUACGGAUCUCAUGGAACUGGCAGGUGAAAUAUUGGAGAAAACGUCAGAUUUCUCCGGAGCUAUAGAGUGCUAUGGAAAGGCCGGUGUUUUCGCGAGAGCUCUGGAUCUUGCGCGUGAAGUCGAGCCCGAUCGAGUUGUCAAAUUGGAGAAAGAAUGGGGUCACCAUUUGUCGAAAAUGGGUCAUUACGACGCUGCGAUUUACCGAUUCAUUCAAGCCGGUGAAAACGAGUUGGCUUUCGACUGCGCUAUAAACGCGAGACAGUGGAGCAAGGCUUUGGAACUGGUGCGAGUUAUCGAGCCGAAAAAUCCGGAGAUUCGUAAGCAGUGCGUCAAACUAGCCGAGUACUACGCCUCGGUCGGUAACGCUAAUUUGGCCGAAGAACUUUUCCUCCGUGUCGACGAUGCCAAAAGUGCAGUCGAGGUCCACGUGCGAGCUGGAAAUUGGCUCAAAGCUCACGAAGUUGCCGUCGAAUUCAUGACUCCCGACGACGCCAAAGAAAUCCUCUCGGAACACGCUGCCAAAUUAAUAGAUUCGGGAGAUUACCGACACGCCGAAUCCUUGCUGGUCGCCAUCGAGGAGUACGACGCUGCGAUCGCCAUGUACCGGAAGGCUGAGCAUCGAAACGACAUGAUUAGGCUCGUCAGCCUUUACAGACCGGAUCUCCUCAAAACUACCCACUCCCAUCUCGCCCGUGAACUCGAAGCUGCUGGCAAACCUCGCGAAGCCGAAGAACACUUCCUCGGCGCUGACGACUGGCGCAGCGCUGUCAGCGCCUACCGAGCCUCCAAUAUGUGGGAAGAUGCUCUGAGAGUCGCGAAAAAAGCCUCCGGCGACAAAGCUGGCCAGCAAGUCGCUCUCCUCUGGGCUCGCACCAUGGCUCCGGAGCUGGGAGCCCGUCUGCUUCAACGUCUCAACUACCUUGACGAUUGUCUCCAACUCGCCUGUGAAGCCAACCUCUUCGAUUGGGCCCUCGAAGUCGUCAAAUAUGCCAACCCUGAACAACAGAAAGAAGUUUUUUAUAAACAUGCUAUGGCACUCGAGGACGAAGGCAAAUUCGCUGAAGCUGAAAAAGAAUUCAUCAGAGCUGACAAAGCGUACGAAGCUGUACAAAUGUACAUACACACCAGAGACUGGGAAGCUGCUGAAGAAGUCGCUGGAUCACUCAGCCUCGAUGCUGUCUCGCAAGUUCUUGUCGCCAGGGCUGCUGAAGCUGCCUCCAAUCAGAAUUAUGGACUCGCUGAAACCCUUCUUCUUCGUGCUCAUAAACCUGAUAUCAUUGUCGAACAUUAUAAGAAAGCUGGCAUGUGGUCAGACGCGAUGAGAGUAUGUCGAGAAUAUAUGCCGAGUCAGGAAGCAGCUCUACGUCGUGAAUUGAGUCAGAAGAGUUCUGGUUUGGAUGCUGGAGACAGUUUGGCUGAGGCGAGACGUUGGUUGAUCAUCGGUGAGACGAGAACAGCCCUCGAUAUUCUGAUGGUUGAUCCGAACGCGACGCGGCCGGUGCUCCUCCAGGCUGCGGAUAUCCUUAUAAAUCAAGCUGAUUCGGAAACGACUUUGCAAGUUGGUGAAGAGUUGGGCAAGCGGUUGAUGGCUAUUGAAGAAAAUGCGUUGGCUGCACAGGUUUAUCUCCAAGCAGACCGCUUGAAAGAAGCUGUGAACGCUCUCAUAGGAAUAGGAGAAUGGAAUCGUGCUCGCAGGAUAGUUGAAGAACUAGCUCCAGAGUUGGAAACGUAUUUGGAAGAAAAAUAUCGUGAUGCGAUGAUGAGAGAAGGAAAUCCAGAAAGGUUGCACGAAAUCGACGGGAACGGUGGAUUGGAAGCGAUGGCACGAAAGGGCCAAUGGACCCAGUUGUUCGAAGCAGCGAGUGCUCAAGGAUCUGAAGUUCUGCACAAAUACGUGGCGCAGAGAUCGGCUCAGUUGAUGAAAUCCGAUUCACCGGAGCAAGCGUUACAAUUGUACAUUCAGUUCGGAGCUCCGAAUGUUCCGCAGUAUAAAAAUCUCUACUGUCGUCUGGCGCAGAUGAUUCUAACGAGGAACGACGAUGCUCCGGAGAUGCGUUACAAGCGUUUAGCCCAAUUGAGAAAUUUCAUACUGAGCUUGUUACGCGGAGAGGAAACUUCGGAGAGAGACGAAACGUUUGAGAAAUUCCUCAAAGUCGCACAUUUUUCGGCGCUGCGAUGUGGCUUGAGAUCGUUUAGCUCCCUCGCUGAUCUCGUCGUCAAAGCUUCCGUCACGCUCUUGCGUUACACGGAUAUUCUUCCUGCUGACCUUUGCUACUACGAGGCAGGAAUUGACAAACGGUCGGCUGGUGCGAGCAGCGAAGCUUUUGUCUUUCUCAACCAUUUCCUCGACCUCGAGGAAUGCAUCGAGGACGGCGAAUCCGGGGGCAUCCUCGAUGUCGACGACCUACGAGUCACUGAUUUCCCUCUCGAAGUUCCUCUGCCAGAUUCACUAGCUGUCGAUAGUGAAAAACGUGAGGAAGUCAGGGAAUGGGUUCUCGCCAUUUCCAUGGAUCAAAGGGUCGAACAAGGUCUUCCUCUCGAUCAACGAGGCGUUUACAUCGGCUCUCUCACCAGCCCUAAUCACGAUUCGAAUCCUCUCGAAGAAUGCGUUAUCACCGGCGCACCAUUGCGCGGACCGGUUGUUCGUUUCGAUGAAAGUGGGCUCGCAGCUGAUCGCAACGAUUGGAACAAACUGUUGAACGCCUCGAGGCAAGGCCCCGCCGAAUCUCCCAUCAGUGAUAUUCUCGUCUUUAUUCAAGAAUGGUGCGGCGUCGUUCCCAGCUACACCUUUUGAAGGGACCAUCUCCAAGAACCGAUUCAGCUUUGCCCUCCUGCAAUAUCAUUUCAUAGAAGUGAGAAUUACGCUUGAAAAUCUAUAUUUUCUCUUACAUUUCGUGCAAUUCUAGUUUUUUAAGUCGUAACGUUAAGUUCCAGGAUAACGUUUCGUUUUUGAUGCAUGAAUUACUACUGAGAAGGGUUUGUUCCUAAAUUUCCGGAUUUGAAGUAACAAACUUUUAGCUCUCACCUUUUCGAAUUUAAUCACAGAUUCAUACUGAUCCUAAAACUGUAAAUACAGGAAUGAUUUUUUAAAUAAAAAUCGACUCGGUGUGUUACCAAAUGAA